CGGGGCGCGGGCGGGCCCUGCGGCAGUACAGCCGCAACGCGGCGCCGGCAGCCGACGUGGUGGCUUCCCCCGGUGUCGCCGAGGUCGGUGCGCCGUGGCCUUUUACCCCUGCUGCUGUCGCCGCAGCCCCUCGGCCCGUCCGGGCCGCCGGGCCCAGAAAUAGGUCAAGAAACUUUGCUGCCAGGCCUGGGGAAUGUUCUGAAACUGUAAAUGCUGCAAUUAAAAGUCUCUAUUUGACGCCUUCCAUGAAACGAAAAUCUAGUUUGUGCAUUGAGAACAUGCCAUCAGAAAUGGUGAUGAAGAUAUUUACCUAUUUGGAUGCUGUGUCCCUCUUGUGUGUUGGUUGUGUGAAUAAGCGCUUCUAUCAUCUGGCCAAUGACAAUAGAAUCUGGCUGAAAAUCUAUUCCAGUUGUUUUCAACCAAAGAGGACAAUUUGGACGAUGAAGUCUGAUCAAGCAGAAACUGUUUCCUUGGACUGUGCUGCUCUACAUGAUAGAAAGCCUGGGUACUGGAAGAAAGAAUACAUCUUCAAACAAAUAGCUGCUGUCAAAACUAGAGUAAUGCGACUUGUUAAACCUGUAGAUCCUUAUACAGGUCUUCCAUGUAAAAACAAAGAAGCUAUGAAAGCCUCUGGCUUGAGUUGGAUAAUUGUUCUAAAGGACAAAAAUGGAAAGGAACAUGUAAUGGAGAAGGCAAACCUAUUGUUUAAGGAUACAUCUGUUACUAUACUUUGGUAUAGUACAAGUUGGCCGUGCUUAGACAUCCUGUCAACCCUAAAACUAUUCGGAGUUACACCAUUGCUUCCUGAGCAAAGCAGAGCUCCCAGCAAGAAUGGACCUCGUCGACGUUCCUUAAUUGCUGAAUACCAUCUUGCUAACCUGACUGAAAGUAGUGUAGCAGUUGGUGCUGAUAAGCUUGUUCAACUCUUCAGCCUGAAUCCAGGACUCUUAGUAGGACUUUGGAAGGAGAAAAAUGAAAUUGCUUUUGUUAUGGUGAGUCUUCAUUAUCAUCAACUUCUUGAGAGAAGCACUUUGGGUUCUGCUACUCUUCAAUAUGCCCUUCCACCUAAUAAACCUGUACUGGAUGAUGUUGACCCAGAAUAUGGACUGCAUGACUACAAUCUGCAUCUUGAUAUGCACGGUGGAAGCUGCACCUACCUGUGUGGAACAUUCAAGAACCUCUUCUGCAGAAAAGGUGACAUUGAAAAUGGAUUUUUGAGGCUCACAGUUGUAAGCUUAAAGGAUAAUACAAAGCACUUGCCUCUUAUUGGGACAGUUGGCUUAUCCUGGGAAACAGAUGUGUUUAAAGGCAAUGUAAAGGACUGCUAUGUGAUGGAUGUUACUCUCUUGGAUGAAACUGGAAAGCCCUUCUGGUGUUUCAGUGCCCCAGUCUACAUGGAACUGUCUUCCAAUGCAUCCAGCCUUUAUGACUACAUGGGUCAUAUCUAUACCACAGACUAUGCAGAUUCAGAGGGUAAAGUCUGUGUUGAGUUGGUGUGGUUGGAAGAAACCAAGGAGUAUUUUAUAGUCAAUUUGGUGCUUUAUAUAAGCACCAAAAAGGUAAAUAACUGGUAUGGAACAAAUUACUGACUGAAUUGGGUCACUAAUUUCCUUGUUUUAAAGAAUCAAAAAUCAAAAAAACACACUAAACUUUUGAUGCUUAAAAUUGAUACCAAUGUGCAAGACUGUUCCUGCAAGUUUUGUGCCUUUUAGUUUUUCAGUAACAAGUGCAAUUGCAUAAUAGUUUUAAGUGGCAUUGAAGAGACAUGUUGAUAUAAAUGAAUGUUUUUCUGCUCUGAACAUCGCAUGGUUAGUCUGUUUCUGCUACCGGGUAUAUUGAAAUUAUUUUUAGGAAUAUUUUUCUUUAUCAAUACUUGUUACUAUGGUUAAUGAAUUACUUCUUGUGAGAGCCAUACUGUGAAGAUGCUUUACUUUAUGUAAGCUACACUGUUUUUGAGAACAUUGACUUUUAUGCCUAGUAGUAAAACAGCAUGUGUGCUGUUCCCUUCAGAUUUGUUAGUAUGCUAUUGGUAAAUAACAGGUUUUAACAGGUUUUGUUAAAUGUAAAAAUACUUUUUUCCAGAAAAUACUUCACUUAAAUGUAUUCUAGUAGAGAAUUUAAAAGGUAGACAGGAAGUCACAGAUCUGAACAAUAUGGCAGUUAAGGCAUUUGUUUAGAAAAUCCCAUAUAAUAUCUAUUAUGAAAUUUCUUUAAAUGCCUGUUUGUUCUGUUUUCCCAUGUUCUAACCUUUUGUCUGGUUUGAGUGUAAAUACUUGCCUCAUGUAUUGGUCUAUGAAUAAGUGUUCCAGUUAUCAGCACAGCUGAGGUGAUAUCUGCUCUUAAUGAUUGUAUGUAACAUUCAGUUGUUUUGGAAACAAUGCAUAUCUGUAUUCAUAUAAAAAUUGAAUGUAUGUGCCUUCAGGUCCCUUGAAGUAACUUUAGGACCAAAUCUUUUACUCCUUGUGUAAAAAAAAUAAAAUAACAUGAUAUUGGGACUCCAGUGUCAUAGCCUGUAACAAACGACAGCAAAUUUGUGUAGCUUCACAGUACUCUGUUAAGAAAAAAGCACAACUGUAUUGUUGACUUCUGUGACUUUAUUAUGGUAGUGACGUCCUUAAAAAUAAUUUCUCUCUUUAUUCAUUUAAGUACAUUAAUUGGUUCAUGCAAGCAAUGUUUAUGUGUAAGCACUUGUGCUCUAUACUACAGAGACAUUAGGAGAUCUAUACUACAGCGAUAGGGUCAUUUCUUAAUGUAACUUUCAAAGAAAAUAAAGUUAAGGCUGAUAUAGUUCUAGUUUGACUUGUAUAACCUUGCAUAAUGAA